AUGUCGUUACCAGAGGAUCCCUGCAUGGAUUCAAUUACACCACAUCUGCAACGGUUCUCACAGGGUGCAUAUAUGCAGCUUAGUAUUCAGGAGAAUCAGCAAGUGCUGGCCUUGCGUGAACACUGCAAAGUGUUAGAGCUGCAAAUAGUCAAAUUGACUAGCGAGCAUGACACACUCAAAUCAAUGUUUCAGCAGCUCACAAGCGCUAUUCAGCUACCACAAACAGACUUAGGCCUUGAGCUUGAUUCUGUCAUUCCUCCAGUACAACCUGUCACUAAGCGCCCUACCCGCCUAACUCAUCCAUAUGUUCAAUUUUGGACCAACGAAGACUUCAUAGCAUGGCUGGAUUCUCCUGAUGGCCGUCAAGCCAACCACGGGAAAGUACCAUACCUCGAGGACAAAAAAGGUGACCCACUUACAGAUACGAUGAUCAAGGCUAUUCAGAAGCUGCUUCAUGGUGCUUGGGCAGAACUUAUCAGGCGCAAACUUGCACCAAAGACGUGGGGUAAAGCAUCUGCACCUGCACGAUAG